AGGCUCACCGGGUUCUUUUAUAUCUAUCAAAUCAUGAUAUUAUGGUGUUAUUUCUACCUAGCAUAUUGGCAAAUUGGCUUGUCGGAUACAUGUGUUAUCUUGUUAGCUGCCAUUAUCAAAGUCAUUGUUCGCUUGAAAUCUGAGAGGCGGGUCAAAGAAAUGGCAGAGCAUGUGGAUAUUUGUCAGGUGCUACGACAAGGUACCUGGAAAAAAGUAUCGACUGCUGAUUUAGUACCUGGUGAUGUAAUUGAGAUUGUUUCGAAUCAAACUGUACCUAUAGACGGAGUCAUAUUACAGGGCGAUAUUGUAGUGGAUGAAAGUUCCUUAACAGAAACUAAAAAAAAAAGUUGUACUAUUUCAGGUGAACCAUUACCUAUUCGAAAGUUUCCACUUCGAGCAGAUGCAGCAUUGUUUGAUCCUCAGUCUGCAGGAAAAAACAAUAGUUUAUUUGCAGGCACCACAAUCAAACAAGCAUUGACUGAGAAUGAUGCCACACCUAUAGCACUGGUACUAAAGACACGAACAAAUACAGAUAAGGGCCAGCUCGUGCAAAGAAUUUUAUUUCCUCAACCAGUAUCCUUUAUAUUUAAUGAGCAACUGAAACUAGUGUUUUGUAUGCUGUUAUUAUGGGCAUUAGUAUUACUUGGAUUUGGAGCUUGGUGGUUAGGUGGUAGUGGUAUGACAGCCUGGUUUUAUGGUACGGUAUGUGCAGCCCAAGUCAUGAAUCCCUUAUUACCAGCUAUAUUGGUUGUAGGACAAUCUAUUGCUGCAGGUAGACUCAGAAAGAAGGGUGUGUUUUGCGUAGAUUUACCUCGUAUUUUAAUGGCCGGUAAAGUCCAAGUAUUUUGUUUUGACAAGACUGGUACCUUGACAAACGAAGGGUUAGAGUACUAUGGCGUUUAUCCUACGCUGAAGGAGACAAGACAGUUUGAUUCACUAUACCACAAUUUUGACGACUUCAAACCAGAGACCCAUGAGACCCACAAAUUAUUACAAAUGGGUUUAGCAACCUGUCAUUCUGUCACAACACUGGCGGGAGAAUUUGUAGGAAAUCCUGUAGAUAUUGUUAUGUUUAAAAGCACAGGAUCGAGCAUGUCUACAAAGGGAGGACACGAUAUUAUAGCCACAAAUAAUGGUGACUUGGAAGUUAUCCAGAGAUUUGAAUUUCAACAUGCACGCAUGUCCAUGUCGAUAGCAGUCAAGGAUACAUCGGGUCAUACACAUGUAUUUUGUAAAGGAUCGUUUGAAAAAAUUGCCGAAGUGUGUGAAAACAAUGUACCUCUUAACUUUGAUGAAUUGACGAGCGAAAGUGCCAAGUCCGGCUGUUAUGUUCUAGGUAUGGCACAUGCAGAUUUGGGAAUACUGAGUAUGGAAGAAGAAGAAAAGAUUCGAACCGAUUGUUCGCGUGAUCAAUUAGAGUCUGGUCUCAACUUUAUCGGGCUUGUAUUGUUCAAAAAUCUGUUGAAGAAGGAUACGACGGCAGCUAUUCAACAGAUCAAACAAGGCGAUGUUCGCGUAGUUAUGAUUACGGGAGAUAACGCUUUAACUGGUGUAUAUAUCGGACAACAAUGUGGAUUAGUACCUGAUCAAGCAUCUAUUAUUAUGGGAGACAUUGACGAGGGCAAUGAUAUUGUAUGGACAGAGAUUGAUACAGGUAACGAGAUCAAGCAUAUUGAUACAGCUAUUGCCGCUAGUCAUGGAGAAUGCGAACUUGCCAUAACCGGAAAGGCUUUUCGCUGGCUUAUGGAGCAUGACGAGAUGAGAAAAUAUUUGUUCUUGACACGUAUAUUUGCUCGAAUGACGCCUGUGGAUAAGAUGCAAUGUGUUGAAUUGAUGAUGGAGAAAGCGAUUACGGCCAUGUGUGGAGAUGGUGGUAAUGAUUGUGGCGCACUAAGAUCAGCUCACGUGGGUAUUGCCAUGUCAGAGGCUGAGGCAUCAGUGGUCUCACCUUUUAGUACACCUAAUCGAUCCGUUCAGUCAUGCGUUGACUUACUAAUUCAGGGAAGAGCAGCAUUAGCAACAUCAUUUGCCAGUUACAAGUAUCUGAUCAUGUAUGGUGAAAUCAUGGCGUCGGUUAAAUUUUAUACGUUUUAUUAUACCAUGUCAUUUUCACAAUGGAACUUUAUCUUGAUUGAUGCGUUUAUUACCGUAUUUUGUGCUUUUGGUGUGACACAAUCAGGGGCAUCCCAACGUUUGUCACAGCAUCGUCCUACUGCCCGCAUCUUGGGACCCGAAGUGCUUCUGUCUGUUUUGGGACAAAUCUGGAUUAACGUCUGGUUUACUAUUGGCGCAUUUAUUUGGCUUUACUCAAGGGAUGAUUUUUUUCGAUGUAACGAGUGGGAUGCUCGUGCUAUCGAUAACUCAAAAUGGUGGUUAUUAGGAGAUAGUUUUGAAGCUGAUGUGGUGACAUUUCUUGCCUUGUUUCAAUUUGUAAAUUCAGCACUUGUUUUCAACUAUGGUUAUAUAUUUAGAGCAACAUGGUAUCGUAACUACUUUCUGAUGGCUGUUUGUUGUACAUUUAUUGCCGUUGUAAGUUACUGGGAACUAGCAGAUCCUAAUCAAUUUGGGUGCUUGAUGAGAAUAAAUUGUGGAGACCCUGAUGUACUGGUCUCGCUAGGAUAUCCACGGCCGAAUUUUUAUAUCGAGCCAUACAAUAACCCACUUGGGCACAAUGUAUUACCCAAGACAUUUAGAUAUCAUCUUUGGAUAUACUCUAUUGUUAACAUGUGCGUUGUGCAUAUUUGGGAAAGAUUCUUCAUAUUGGGACCUGUUCGACAAUGGUUGAGGCAAAAACAGCCUUUAAAAAGACUUGCCAUUAAACUUUGAUUGGUGCCUCGUCACUGAGUAACGAUAAAUAAACAUUUGAAUAAAAAUAGUUUUUUUUUUCUGACAGAAAUUAUUUAACAUAUGGACAAGAUAAGCUAAAUUGAUUGUCGGGAUAACCACAAAAAGGAAC